AUGACGUGCCCAACGGAUCCCAAUUCGUUUGCAAACGUACAUGAGAUUGUGGUGAAGCAUACCCACCUCACACUAACAGCCGACUUCGAUCGUCGCAUUUUACAUGGGCAAGUCGUGCACCAGGCACGGGCAGUUCAACCCAAUGUCUCUCAGUUGAUCUUGGACUCGAACUUUCUCGACAUUCAGAGUGUGUCAGUUAAUGGAGUUCCUUUGAAGUUCAUCGUCGCGGAUCAUCACCCUAAGUUCGGGUCCAAGUUUACCAUCCACUUCGAGAAGCCACUCGGGACCGAUGAGGAAGUUAAGGUCUGCAUUGAAUAUGCUACCACAGAAAAAUGUACUGCUCUUCAGUGGCUAGAGCCAAGCCAAACUAUGGGAAAGAAAUAUCCAUACCUCUUUUCUCAAUGCCAGGCGAUUCAUGCCCGCAGCAUGCUGCCGUGUCAGGACACCCCUGGAAACAAGUUGAAGUGGUCGGCAGACGUGGUCGUCCCCUCGCAUCUUCGUGCAUUGAUGAGUGCUGUACGAACCGGUGAACGCACCGUAGGGGAUCAGAAAGUGUAUAGCUUUGCCCAGAAUGUGGGAGUUCCGUCCUACCUAAUCGCUCUAGCAGUUGGAAACCUCGAAGGUCGAACCAUAGGACCCCGCUCAACAGUGUGGAGUGAACCUGAGAACGUCGAGGCUUCCGCGUGGGAAUUCAUCGACACUGAGCGUUUCAUUAAGACUGGCGAAGAGCUGCUCACUCCUUAUGAAUGGGGCCUGUACGACUUACUUGUACUGCCUCCGAGUUUCCCAUAUGGGGGUAUGGAGAACCCCUGCCUUACGUUCGUCACCCCAACUCUCCUGGCUGGUGACAGAAGCUUAGUUGAUGUGGUUGCUCAUGAGAUUGCUCACAGUUGGAUGGGCAACUUGGUUACGACCCAAAACUGGGAGCACUUCUGGUUAAAUGAGGGAUUUACGGUAUUUAUAGAACGGAAGAUCGCCGGUCGCCUCCAUGGGCAACCUGUUCUCGAGUUCGAUGCCAUUAUCGGGUUGAAAGCUCUCUCGGAGUCGGUUGAGCAUUUUGAGGAGAUCAAGCGCCCGGAGUUCUCGCGCUUGUGUCCCUGUUUACGGGAUGAAGAUCCCGACGAGGUAGGCAUUCUCUUCGGUUCCUUAUGGUAUCCAUGUAUUUUGAAUGAGCGAUUCCAUUAUUUGAUGCUGAACAGUUACAUAGAAAAGGGUUUCAACCUGUUGUUCUACCUUGAACGACUGCUGGGUGGCCCGGAUGUAUUCGAGCCUUAUCUUAAGGCUCACGUCACGAAGUUCGCCCACACGUCGAUUGCGACUGAUGACUUUAAGCGGUUCUUGUACGAAUUUUAUCGCACCUCGUAUGGGGAUGAAAAGAUUGCUCUUUUGGACACAGUUGAUUGGAACGCGUGGUUAUUUGAGCCCGGCAUGCCUCCUGUGAAAAACGACUUUAACCAAGAACUUGCUCAAGUUUGCCAAGAUCUCGCUGACGAAUGGGAUGCAUGCAGGGGCAAACAGCCUCAAUUUGAUAAAUCGGUAUUUGAAAAGUUCAACUCCAAUCAGAAAGUCAUGUUCCUCGAAAAGUGUCUACUAAAAUCUGCCUUUCCGCACGAGCUUCUCGCAGCUAUGGACGAAACAUACACCUUAUCUAGUGUCACUAAUGCUGAGAUCCGAUUCCGGUGGCAGUGGUUGUGUCUGAAUGCAGAGUACGAGACCGUCUUCCCAGAGGUCACCCGGUUUCUCACAGAAGUGGGGAGAAUGAAGUUUGUGCGGCCGUUGUACCGGGCUUUGAACAAGUGCAAAAACGGAGGAGCCUUGGCCAAGAAAACAUUCCUACAAAACAGAAACUUUUAUCACCCUAUCUGCGCAAAUAUGAUUCGUAAGGAUUUGGGACUUUAG